GGUUGCAGAAGAUAAGCCAAAGAAUCAAAAAAUGUAAACAACUACCGUCGCAACAUUCAAUACUAUUUUUACAAAACAUUCAUAACGGUACUGUGCGUAAUUUUGAAUUCUUUUUUGUAUGCCGUUCAGUCAUAUCGUAUUACAAUGGAACGCCUCUGUAGAUUGUGCUUACAAAGUGCUUCCGAUUUGGAACCGAUUGCCAUUGGUGAACAUAAUAUUCAUAGCUCUGACGCUUCUAUUGGUCACAGUUUAGUCCAACUAAUUAUCCAAUAUCUUUCGAUUCAGAUCAUCAAGGUUGAAAACGAAUGUCCGUUCAUCUGCCCUGGUUGCAAAUCUCUUGUCGAGGAGUGGCAUCGGUUUCACACUUCCUGUGUAAAAAAUAAUGAAAUUUACCAGCGACGCGUACAGGAAAAGGAAGAUCACGAUAAAGCCGAUUCCGUUCAUCAUAAUUUGGAGGAAUCGUCUGAACUCGAACAAAUUGAUAUAAAAUCGUUCAAACCUGUCGAAGAGGACGAAGAAAAUGAUCCUGACUUUGAUCCGAACGGUGUAAGUGAUAACGAAGAUGAUGACGAUGACGGCGGUGAUGUCGGUUCCGUAUAUGAAUAUGAAAUUCUUGAAACGGAGAUGAAACUGGAAGCGGAAUCCAAGAGCAAAAUCGAGACGAUAUCGGACGACAAAGAAGAUCCGAAGCCACGGGCGUCAAAGCGCGGUAGGCCCAGGACGAAGUCCUUGGAUGAUACAUCGAGAGCGGCAAAACGUGCCGAGGUGUGCACGAUUUGUGGAAAGUUUAUAAAGAACCUCACCGAGCAUAUGAGAAUUCAUAACAAUGAACGAAGACAUCAAUGCCCUUACUGUGCGAAAUCGUUUGUCAGUGCUUCAAAUUACAGCUCACACGUGAACAUCCAUACGCGUGCCAAAAUGUACAAAUGCGACCUUUGCGACAAACAAUAUGCGUUGCUCAACAGCCUGAAGCAGCACCGGAUAACGCACUUUAAGGAACGAAUCUACUUGUGUCCGGUCUGUGGGAAGGCAUAUUAUCAACCGACGGGAUUGGCCAGACACAAAAGGACCCACUUUGAGCAACCGACAAUCAAAUGCACCGAGUGUGAUAAAAUGUUUUUGACUAAUGGUGAUCUGAGAAAACACUUCAAGAAGCACCUACCGGAGAAGCCGUUCAGUUGCGAGAUUUGCAAUCGGGCUUUUAAUCGGAAGGACAACCUCAAGACGCAUAUGAAAACGCAUCGAGAGAAGGGAUCCAAGUUGUCUCCAUGUGAUGAGCCAGAGAAACAAGAGAACACACCCAUAAAGAUUAAACUGGAAAUCACAAAGGUGUGAAAAAUGUUGUGUUUGUAAUGAAUCGAGUUUUUCUCAUUUGCUCAGGUAUCAAAUGACUUGCAAAUUAACUGCAUGAAUUUAUUUUCAAGUUAUGUUAGGAGUGAUUUGCUCUUCUCAAUGAAAAUGUUAAGUCUAAUGAAAUGUAUGACGAUUGUGGCAAAUACAGUUUUGACCCAAUUUGGCCACUCCCCGA